AUGGAUGGCAAACCUGUUCAGGAUAAUCAACACAUGGCCAACAUAAAUGCAACAAACAUGGUCCCCCAACAGGUGUACGUGGAGUCUCUAAGACAGGGAUACACUUUUCAACCUAUGAUGCAACGGCCCCUAUCCACUUCCUCGAACCCAAAUACAAAUCAAAAUCUUAAUCAAAAUACAUUUUCUGGCCCCGGCACGAAUCCAAACUCAAACCCAAAUGUGAACUCCAAUUUAAAUAUUAAUGUCGGCCAGUUCCCCUACAUUAAUCAUCAAAUUUAUCAACACCAGCAGCACCCUCAACAGCUGGUUAUGUCUCCUCACCCUCAUAUUCCAAUGAUAACGGCUUCUUCCAUACAAUAUGCUCCAUAUCCUCAUGCAAUAUCUCCUACCGGUAUUAUCAUGAACCCAAUGCACCAAAAUCAUUUGUUGCAUCAACAACAGCAACAACAUCAUCAUCACCAUCAACAACAACAACAACAGCAGCAGCAGCAGCAGCAGCAGCAACAGCAGCAACAGCAACAUCAUCAUCAACAGUUCCCCCCACAACAGAUUCACCAACAGCAUCAUCAACUCCAAAUCCUACAUCCACAGCCUCAAAUGCAGCAUCGAUCUAUCUCAAACAGCUCCAUUCCGGAUCAUCCUCAUUUAAAUCAUCAUCAUAACCAUCUUCAGCAUCUUCAAAUUAAUAAAAAUCCUAAACGUCUAAUAAGUAAAGACACAUCAACUUCCAAAACGAAAAAUAUUAGGAAAGUAUCCGCUUUUAUAACGAAACUAUACUCUAUGCUACACAAUCCUUCAUUGUCUCACCUAAUUUGGUGGAGCGGUAGUAAUCAGCUCGACGACACUACAUUCGCCCUAUUACCAGGUGCAGAGUUCUCCAAUUGCUUAACAACUUAUUUCAAGCAUGGUAACGUGGCCUCUUUUGUCAGACAAUUGCACAUGUAUGGGUUUCACAAAGUUUGUGAUGGAAACCAAUCCCAUAUGAGCCACAGCUACAACUAUAGCAGUGGCAACCAUAAUAACAAUAAUAAUAAUAAUAAUAAUAAUGUUUACGAUCAUAACCCAGCUGUUUGGGAAUUCCGACACACUUCAGGAAAAUUCAGAAGAGGUGACAUGAAAAGCCUACAUCUGAUUAAGAGGAGGGCCAACUCAAGGAAGUCUCGUCCUUCAUCAGUGAAGACUCUCAGUAUAACUGAAAGAGAAGUUGAGAAACCCGAAAUUUGCAAUAAUGUAAAAAAAGAAGAAGCAGUUGAAGAGGAGGGCGAUGGUGAUGAGGAUGAAGAUGAAGUAGAAGAGGAGUCAAAGCAAGCAGCAGUGGACACACUUUUGAAACAUGAAAACCAAACACAGAUUAUAGACAAAACUGAAAAUAGAGAUAAUACUGAAAGUGGGAGAGAUAGUGAACGUAGGGGAAGUACCAGAAAAAAUGACCAAAUAGAGUCGAUCCAUGGUAAAACAGUCACUGCAAGACCGCUGCAUAACCCAUUCGAACAUUAUAAUUCCCAGCAAAUCCACAAACCUGCUGCUAGCUCUUCUAGAUCUAACUCUCCAACAAACAUGACUAAACCCCAUGAACUUUUCUUUAAGCAUUCAAGACAGAGAUACCCAUCCGUUUUUGUUGAUCCUUGUGCGCCAAUUCCUCCUUCGAAUAUACCGAAACAACCUUUGCAAUUACCGCCAAUUCAGCCCUCAGAUAGUCCAGCUCCCAUGCCAAAGAAAAAUGAGGGCUUGAUGGGACUACCCUCACUAUCGUCAAUCUCUAGCCAGUCUUCUCGUUCUAUUCCGUCUCCCAGCAGUAGCAUAUCUGCAAGGAAUGGCAGGUUUAAUUUCUCAAGGACUUCGUCUUCCUCACUCAAUUCAAUUACUAGUCAGCUGCGGCCUUCCAUUUUUGACCUGCAUGCACCUUCACCGGCUUCUUCAAUAUCUGCACACACUUCGAUAUUUAGCGGAUCUUCAAUAUCCUCAUCCACUGGAAGCAUCGGCUCAAUAUCCAGCAUACUGAAUGAAGACCGUAGAUUACCAUCAUUAUCGGAACUCCCUGUACCUUUGGCUAGUUCAUCAUUGAAAACUUUGGUGGCGGAAAGUGAUUCCAAUAUAACCAAACAUGAUGACUCUAGAACUAAAGUUGAAAAAUCAUCUUUGCAAACUGAACCGGGGGAAAGAGCUAAACCGGAUAGUUCGAUUGAGCAGAACACCAAUUAA